AGGGAGAGAGAAAACACGAAAAGGGGAUACUCCGUCCAUCCCGCUAAAACAAACUACUUGUGGUCAACGUGCUUUACCAUUCCAUGUAGCAGUAUACAUCACAAACCCGAUUCUUCAAGUUUACUAGUUUCCUCCUUAUACUCGCGGUUUCUUAAGCCUCCCGAGUGCAAUCGGCCCGACCGAUACUGGUCGCUUUUUCGUUAACCUUUUGGGGAAAAUAUGGGGUCAGCUUCCUAUAAUCCCGAUGGCGAACCAAGUCCGUUAUCGUCCCCUUUGGGUCCCCUCUCAGAAUCGCCAGAGACAGAUCCUUUCAUUGGACAUGACUCGGGCCGUACAAACGAUUCAAUGAGAGGCUCAGUGGAAACUCUUUCGUCUUAUGAUCAUCUUCCAAGGUCACCCCUGAUUGAACAUGAACAUGGACUUGGCCCGUCGGGCCUGGAUCGUAUACGCCAACCUUCGCGAGUCCUGACGCUUCCAAACAUAUCAGCCUCGUCACUAAUUCCUGUAACCUCCCGAAGUCACUCACCUUCACCUCGCUCGCGAUCAACCUCGAGGACCUAUUCCACUCGGAUUUCGUUGAAUGACGCAGGCGCCUUAGAGGAUCUUCAUCGGUUCCCUUGUGAAUCCUUACACUCGUACUCAUUUGCCCAACAAUCAGAGGAGUUAUUACAAAGCCGGCAGAAUAUCUUAAAAAGGUCCAUAGACUUCAUGCGCGACCGCUUUGGAUGGGCCGCAAACAGCUCCGGAAUCGCCAAUGCGCAGCCUCGCAUAAGUGGCGACGCAGAGGUCCAAAGUGUCGUGGAAAUGCUGUCAAAGGCGAACGUCAUGGGAAGGGAGGACCGAUAUAACUACACACGGGGCCCGAUGACUGGUCCGGCGGUCGUGGACAGUGUCGACGUUUUCGAGAAAGCAUUCUCCGAGUUUCAGCGUCCGAUGGCCGAGAUCAAGGAACUGCCUCACGGGCAUGCGCCAAUGGCUGAGCAGUCGGAUUCCGUGAGCAAUAUAGCCGGUCCCCUGGUGUCGACUCAAAGGAGAGGCAGGAGGUCCACCCCCUCGUCCAGGCGCGUAAGCUUAAAACGUACAUACACGGAUGUGAGCUCUGCUCCCCUCCAGGGCAAGCUGAUGGAAACUCUAGCACAACCCUAUUCUGCCGUGGAUCCCUUCUCCCCAUCUAGCGUCUCAACUCUGGGAUUUGGACUGCCGGUACCCGCUUUACACACGCAUAGCAGCAAAUGGACUCCAGUCUCACAGGCUGUUUUUAGGACCGAGUCUCGGGCCCCAUGGACCAUAUUGGCGGCCAAUGACUUGUCAUGUCUCGUAUUUGGGGUGACACAAGCAGAGCUCCGCAAAUUAAGUAUCCUAGAAGUCGUACAGAGAGACCGGAGAGGGUGGUUGGAAUCUAAGCUCCGAGAUCCCUCUACGGAUGUCGCGGCCAAGCUUCAGUCCAACCCAGAUAGACCCCGCAUGACGCCAGUCAACCCCAAAUGCAUGGGGAUGGGAAAUGGUGUCACAGCUCAGCUUCUCAGUAAACCACCCUCUCGAGCGAGAAGAGCACAGACCGAUGAUGGGUAUGGUUCCAGCACACGCACCCCACCGCCCCUCAAUCAUCCAUCCACCAAAUCACGCGGUGUUCUGCUGUGCGGCGACGUAGUUCCGAUCCAGAAGCGCAAUGGAGCUAGGGGCUCUGCCAGUGUCUGGGUCAUGGAGAAGCGUGGGGGCUUAAUAUGGGUAAUGGAGGAGAUCCAAGAAGAUGUUGCCUACAUUCGUUGCAACAAGUCCUGGAAUAUUACAGAAACCGAUGGAGAUAUCGACAGAGCCUGGGACCGGGACAUGGUUAAGCCUGGCAUAUCCAUCACAGAGAUCCUUCCUCGCCUUCCCAAGGAGUGUUUAGAUGGUCCAGUUGAUCAGGGUUUAGCAAAACUUUCUGAACUGAAGUACUUUGCUGCGCAGACUGCUGCGGGGACUUGUUUCCCGGUUACUGUCACCAAAGAUAAAGCUUCAGAUAGUUUGCGGAUAUCCAGCUUUCCUCACGUUGCCGGCAUGAUGGUCCUUGCUUCGUCGACGCUGAAGGUCAUCAGUUCAAACUCAGCGUUCUCUGCGGCAUUAUUUGGCUAUGAGCGACCAGAGGGACUACACGUCAACGAGCUAAUCCCCGGGUUUGACGAGUACUUGGCCGUACUUACUGAGGAAGAGGACGUACCCCUAGAAGAUGGAAUUGUGAUCCCUGAACCCAGCUUCCGACGGGCACGAACUCUCUCUAUCCUUCGGGAGGGGAAAGCCAACGUUGCUUCGGUCUUUUUGGAACCCACUGGUCUCACUGCCAAUCACCGUGAUGGCUCAGCGAUUGCUGUGGAUGUCCAACUGCGCGUGGUCAAAAGCGGGACUAUUUUUCCGAAGCAGGAAGAACAAAACCAGAGCAACCAGGAUGAUUCCGAUUCCGAGCAUAAUGACUCUUUUGCCGUAGCCGAACUGGUUUACGCAUUGUGGGUUACGUACUCGAGACAGAUUCACGCUACAGGAGUAGCGAGCCUCUCUUCGCCUCGUACCGCAUCUCCUCGAAUGAGAAGCCCGUCGGUAGUUUCUACAUCUAGCCUACCGUCGGCCAAGAUUUCCCAUUUACCACCGUUGAACACGGAGCAGACAUCUGUGGAGACUCGCAUACCGACAUCUACACUAAGCCAGCAGCUCAGUGAAGCAGCAUCGGAACCGCUCACGGACAAGCCUGUACAGCCUGUUCCUGAGGUAAAGCUGGUUAACGCGAAGGAACCUCCUACGAAACGGACAAUUGCUGACUACGUGAUCAUCGAGGAGAUGGGCCAAGGUGCUUAUGGAGAAGUAAAACUUGCUCGGCAGAAAAGGAAUACAGCUAAAAAGGUCGUAUUGAAGUACGUCACGAAGAAGAGGAUUCUCGUGGAUACUUGGACUCGCGACCGCCGCCUCGGCACCGUCCCGUUAGAGAUUCAUGUCCUGGAUUACCUUCGGCGAGAUGGUCUCAAACAUCCCAAUAUCGUGGAGAUGGAAGGCUUUUUCGAGGAUGACAUUAAUUACUAUAUUGAGAUGAUGCCGCACGGGCUCCCGGGGAUGGACCUCUUCGACUACAUCGAAUUAAAAGCGAAUAUGGACGAAUCCGAGUGCAGAAGCAUCUUCCGGCAGGUCGUGGAUGCUAUCCAUCACCUCCACACGAAAGCUUUGGUUGUUCACCGCGACAUCAAGGACGAGAACGUGAUUCUCGAUGGUGAAGGCAGGAUCAAGCUGAUCGAUUUCGGAAGUGCCGCCUACAUCAAAAAUGGCCCGUUUGAUGUCUUUGUGGGAACCAUUGAUUAUGCGGCACCGGAAGUCCUUCAAGGCAAAUCCUACCGAGGCAAAGAGCAAGAUAUCUGGGCUCUUGGUAUUCUGCUUUAUACAAUUGUUUACAAGGAAAAUCCAUUCUACAACGUCGACGAGAUCCUCGACCACCCACUUCGAAUCCCAUUCCUGCCCUUUUCGGAGGAUUGCAUUGACUUGAUCAGACGGAUGCUCGACCGAGACGUCGACAACCGUCUCACAAUUACUGAAAUCAUAGAGCAUCCAUGGAUGACUGACAGCGAAUAGAGUCUUUUUGAUACCUAUGUGCCACGCAUUAUGCAUGGCAUGCCAUUUAAUUAUGGACACGGAGGGAAACCUCAAAAGAAAUAUAUAUGAGGGUGUUAUUCACGAGCACAGCCAU